AUGCCAUUCAAAUUCAACCAUCUAGUGCAACUCCUGGAAGAUCUCAAUACGGCACGGAAACAAGUACAGUCCUCCUCAACGCGUCACUCUAGGCCUGCAGACGAAAUCAUCAUCAAAUGGUUCAGUCGCCAUGAGUCUGAUAUCGUCCGACAUGGACCCUCUGCUGUGGCUUUCCUGUCUUGCAUGCUGCUGGACCGAGUGCCAAACCGCGUCUAUGGCUUACGGGAGAAAUCGUUAGCGAGUGUCUUAUGCAAAGCACUGUUCAUUGAGAACACCUCCCGUGGCCGGCAGUUGCAUGAAUGGGAAGCGACAGGCCUCGACUUCGCAACUUGCCUUGAGAAGAAUGUCAUGGCUCUGGCAGAGAAUGACCCACCGGCUGCCCACAGAGAAGUAACACUGGAAGAUAUUGAUGCUGCCUUGCGACAGCUUGCUGCGAAUUCCAAGUUCGCUUCCCCCGAAAUGAGAAGGCAUAGAGAUGGCGUGAAGUCCGAAAUUUCCCUGCGAUCCAUUCUAUCCCGGCUGCACAGUAGAGAGGCAAAAUGGUUCGUGCGGAUUAUUCAGAGAUCUUAUGCUCCCGUUCAGAUUCCGGAAUCCCUGGUCCUGGGAUGCUUCCACUUCCUACUACCUGAUAUUCUCUCCUUUCAGAACUCUAUCGAUGAAGCAGUCGAAGUCCUGGGGAAGCCCGACCUGAUCUCCAUCCCUCACAACCCACCAAGCGUUCUUCAACAGCAAUACCGCCAAGAAUGCGCCCGAUACUUAACACCCAAGCUUGGUGUCAUGGUCAAGCGCCUGGAAUAUUUCAAGGCAAGAAGUAUUAGGCACUGCUGUCAAAUGGCGAAUCUAAGGACAAUGAGUGUGGAGCGGAAGUACGACGGUUGGUACUGCCAGAUCCACAUUGACAAGUCAAAGGGAAAAGAGUGUAUACAGAUAUUCUCCAAACGCGGUAAAGACUCCACGAAGCCCUUCAUCCUACUUCACGGAGCACUCGAGGCCGGCCUACGCCUUAGUCAUCCAGAGUGUGCUAUCACUCAAAACUGCAUUCUUGAAGGGGAAAUGCUGGUUUGGAGCCGUUCGCGACAAGCCAUCCUACCAUUUGAGAAGAUUCGGAAAUACACCCAAUACGGUGGCAGAACCAUAGGAGCAGGUGGUGAUUCCCCACGAUCAUCCGAUGAACAAUUGAUGAUCAUCUUCUAUGACUGCCUAUGGCACGACAACCAGAAUUUGGUCAACGAGCCUCAUUGUGUGCGGAGGCAGCACUUGGAGGAAAUUGUGAGUGUCACUGAAGGUCUAGCUCAGCUUGGCGACCGACGGGAAAUCAGAUUUGGCUCGGCAAGUGCGAAGGAGGAACUCCGAAAGUUCUUCGGAUAUGCAAUUGAACAGAGAUGGGAAGGAUUCGUCCUGAAGGGUCGCCGCGAUCCCUAUUUGUCGGCCGGCUGGCACACCAAUGCGAUCAAGCUGAAGAAGGACUAUAUCAAGGGCCUCGGAGACGCGGCUGAUCUCUGCAUUAUUGGCGGGCGUAAAGACCCUCUAGAAGCAGAAAAAUAUGGUGGGUCUCUCAGCUGGACGAUCUUCUAUGUCGCCUGCCUCCAGAAUAAGGAAGUCGUUCAAAGAUUUGGAACGAAACCGAAGUUUCUGAUCCUUGACAUCCUUACACGUCAGACCAUGUCAGAAGGUACGUUCCGGGAACUGAACCAGCGUGGCCUGGGUUUCUGUGUGCCAUUUUCUGGCUCGACGGAGCAGAUGGAUGUCAAUAUUGAACAGCCGGGUAUUAUGCGCCAACCUCCCACCGUCUUGUUCACAAAGCCCUUCGUUGUCGAAGUCACUGGAGCAGCCUUUACUAAGACUGCGGACGUCGCUUAUUACGCUCUGCGGUUUCCUCGCGAUGUCAAAUUGCACUUCGAUCGACCUUUGACGGAGACCCAUAGCUUUGAGGAGCUGCAAGAGAUGGCGAGAGAAAGCCUCAUGCCUGCGGACCAUGAAGAGCAGGAGGACGUCGAUUGGAUUCUACGUCUGACUGAGGCUGAUGGAAAGUCAAACCGGUGUGUUGACCUCCAUGCCGGAGGUACGCCGAGUCCCUCGUGUGUAUCCACUGCAAGCGUCAGCACGUGUAUGUCGUCUCCAUUGACAGCCAGCCGCGUCGAUCAUGUGGGAAUACUCCCAACACAAUCACCUCUAAGCAAUUUUUCAGUUGCUGUCAAGCCCGACGCCAAACCAAAUCCGAAGACUGCUAGCACCUGGCAAUCAUCUCCUUUAGCAUUACCAGCAAAUCGUGCUCAGCCCGCAGAUGAAUCCGCGGCACUGCCACCGCCAAUAAAUUAUGUCCUUAGUCCUGGAAACGGUGUUAAGCGCAACCAUGAAGAGUCGAAGUUGCCAUCAGUGGCCAACAAGCGACCGAGGAAGGACAGCUUUAAGAGGCUGUUUAUUCCUCUGCAGUCCUCCCUCCAGAACAAGACGUAUGCUGUUCAUCCCUAUGAGCCGCCGGCUGUAUUUCGAUCCCCAACUAAAUCCAUAGAACAGACCCCUUCUCCAUUUCCCAUUUCCCAACAACAAAAGCCUCUUCGUGAACUGAAGAACGUCACUACAAAACGUGGGCUAGAGAAGCUCGGUUCUCCCCGAGCUGAGUCUGUUGAUCACGGAGAGAUGGGUACCACUAAGACCGUCGAUGAACACGUUGGGAACAUGAGUAACGAAGGCCAAGCUCCGGUCGGAUCCGCUCACGGCUUGGACGGUGUUAUCUUAAAGGUAAUGUCGUUUUCCGCACUCUCGCCAUUGGACAUCAAGUCUGUGAAUUGGGUGACAGUGGUGUAUGCUCAGCUCAUUGAUAACGUGCCCUCGAAGCUGGUUCGCAACACCAUUUACGAAACCGUAAGGACAAUCUCGAAAGAGUACAAGAGACAUCGCGGUACCGAAAAGAAACGCCACCGCAUUGCACGUCACGCCGAAGACCUAGAAUAUCAGCUGCAGCAACCACGGCAGCCACAGCGAAGAAUGAUUCUUUUCUACGAUGAAAAGAUUAGGUCCUCCUUCGUGGACUCUUCUCCAGAUAUUGUCCUGAAGGGCGCGGGCGACGUAUUGCGAAAGCGGCAAGCCAAGAAAUAUUUUGCUGGAGCCUUGCUUAUGACUGCUCAUGAGGAUACCGAGGACGUCGUCUCAAGGGCUAUCUGGGAUUGGCAUGAGUCUGUCCGGCUUUUGAAUGAGCUGCGGUCGUGA